UCGGGUCAAAUUUGAGUUCAUGUUGCGUUUUCAUAUCUAUAACAGUGGUACGUCUCUCUUCUCUGCAUUCACCAUGUCCAGGAUCACCAUACCUAUCCGAAGAUUAACAACAGUUAUGCGGCCCGUAGAAUGCAGAUUGGCAAUACCUUUUCAACCAGAAAGGAGAUUGGGGAAGACUAAUUAUUCAUCGCCGUCUUGGAUUUGUCGUAAUGGUUUUGAGCUGGGAUUUCCAAGAUUUUCUCAACCCUCGCGAGGACUUGUAAACAUACCAUUAAGAGUACAGAAGAUGCCUGUUGAGUAUCCAUUGCUGACCGGCUCAGAACACUGGAAACGAAAGAUGCGAUCAGUCUUCAUGUCGUUAGACUCGAACAAAGAUGGAAUCCUUUCUCGCAAAGACAUGGUAUUGAGUGCGAAGCGAUCGAUACAACAUUUGAAUCUUAAAGAAGACAAACUAAAAGAUGUGUUAAAACUGCGUCUGUACAUCUGGGAGACAUCGAUGGGUAAGAAUGCAAAAGGUGAAAUUGCAGAAGAGAUAUCGUUUGAAGAAUUUGUACAGAACCGUAUCCUAGCCUUUAACGACAUGCAAGCCAGGCAAGAGAUUAUGGCGCAUAUUAUUUCCGUGGAAUUCAACACUAUGGAUACUGAUGGUGACGGUCUGAUUUCUUCCAAGGAACACGCCAUUUUUUGCGAAAGUUUAAACAUCCCGCCAGAUCAAUCAAAGAAGAUCUUUGCUCUCAUUGACAGUAACAAAGAUGGCUUAAUCACCAUGGAAGAGUUUGGACAAUCUCUUUGUGAUUUUUGGCUGGGGGAAUAAGACCCAAACAGGAAAAACAAUGAAUUCGUGGGUCCUUAAAAUGACUGAAUAUCACAUUGUGUUUAUUGAUAACAUGGAAUAAAUAGUCUAUUGGUGUUCCAAAUGCUCAUAACCCUAAAGACAGAUUAGAUUUUUGCACUUUAAAGAAAUUAUUUUAAUAGAAAGAGAAAUUGCCAUGCAGUGGUUAUACCUGAUGAGUUGGAUAAA